AUGUCGGAUCGACCUGCAGAGAAUGCACCGCCCUUAGGGAAUGGAAUUGUGGAAUCAUCCAAGACCUCUCGUGAAGGGUCUCCAGUUCGCCCUUCGCGCAGCAUUUCAGCAAUCCCUCAAUUGUCUCCGUCUCGAAAGAGCAGUCAGGAAUUCAGUCCCACUCGAGGUACUGCCACGAGUACCGUCCCAUCCGCCGCCGCCGUCCAACGCGCACUUUCUGCUCAAAGACCAAUCCUGCAGCCUGGCCGAGAAGGGGUUGCCGAGGGUAGUCGUUUAUCGGAAAGAACACAGAGACAAAGCACUCCGUCAUGGUCAGCGUCGCCGCGAGUGAAAUCUCCUCCUCCCAACCCAAACAAGUCUACAACGAGAGCGAGUAUAAAAAGGAGCGAGUCAGAACCAACGCCGUCAAACACUUCUCUGAAGCGCCUCGCCGCCGUCGCUCAUCCUGAUCAGGGCGUCGUAAUGCAAGUCCCUGAGAAUACUGAAACGUUGUUUCAACCUUCUGUGCCACUCCGAGCUCCUGGUCGAGGUCCUAGUGCUGGAGGAAGCGCCUUGGAGACGGUAGCUGAAAGCAGCGUUCCGUCUACUCCAUCCAUUGGGCCCGUUCAGGACAUCAUCGACAACAAGAUCGAUGUUCCAGCCCUUGACAAACAAGUCGAGCCACACCCGGACAGUACGGCCACCAAAGAUGGCGAAGGAAGUGGUGGCGAUGCACCCUCCAAGACUGGCACGGCUAAAGCCGACAACGGACAAGGAUCUCGCGCAGCCAGUAACUCUCGCCCUGCUUCUGAUCUCGCAAAGCGUUCCUUCACUAGCCUUACAGGCCCUAAGCCCAAAACCACAACAGAGCCUCCUCGGACCAUGACUGUGGAAACUGAGACGGUGACUUCCAUCCCUCAGUUACUAGGCCCGGAUCGAGGUGUUUCUGGUCGAGAUGGCAAUGGUAGUGUUCGGACCAAACCUAGUACUGAGACAAUUCGUCCAAAGAAGGAGAAAAAGAGAAGUUCUCGCAAACCAGCCUCUCUUCAUGCUGGCACAGUGACCUCUAAAGCUGAUCUCUUCGAGGCCAGGGUCGCUAGUGCUGUAGACGAAGCCGAUACCUCCGACUCCGAUGAGACUUUUGUGUAUGAAUCCAAUCCGCCUGACAGUCGACCUUCUCGGCACCACUCCAGAACCCCUAGUGCGACUUCUCUAGCUAGCCAAGAACAGUAUGGAGGUCGCAGUAAACAUGGAUUACGGAACGGAAGCCAUGCGAUUGCAGGAAAAAAGAGUAUGAAGUUCUCAAACAGCACAUAUAACAAUCACCUCGAUGGCGAGGCUGGCCUGGAAGGCCGGGGGAGCCAGCGAAAUACCAGCACCACACCACGGCACCAUCACAUAAGCCGACAUGGCCGACCACACCAUACCUCUAUCCUCGAUACAGAUUCACCAUUUACCCAAGCUAGCAAGGCUAGCUCUCCCCGGGCAUCGGUUACCAACCUUUCCCGGAACUCCCGUCCUAAUAGCCCUCGACUCGCAAAUGGGCGUUUCGUUGGACCUCCUCGCAAGAGCGACCCGUAUGACAUAUCCGACGACGCUGCCGAUGAUGAGCGAGCUCCUUUGAUCGGAUCGGUUCGUAUCAACCGUACCAGAUAUAGUCGCCGACCCCACAGUGCGUCGUUCCGACAUUUGGACUACAGUGACACCUAUGACCGGGGCUAUUGUAGCCGACAUGGUGGUUGCAUAUUCCUGGUUUUUGUGGUUGCUUUGAUAUGCGUCGGUAUCACCACUUUUGUGACGGCCCUCAACCGUCCUUUAUCAGAUGUUUCGAUCAAGCAUAUCCAAAAUGUCCUUGCGUCAGAACAGGAGCUCAUGUUGGAUCUCAAUGUGGAAGCCACGAACCCCAAUCUGUUUGCAAUAACAGUGAGCGAACUCGACAUCAAUCUCUUCGCCGAGAGCGCCUAUGUCAAUUCAGGUCCUGAAUGGAGAAAGGAACAAGGCCACCUGAGAUUCGUCAAUCGCCGAUCUCCAUCUUCGUCUGAAUUGAUGUGGCCACCAUGGCAUACAGACGACGGUGUAGAUGAGGGCACUGAUCCCAUAGAUGAUCCCGAACCAGGAACGCAAAAGAUGCUUCUUGGAAGAAUUUUGGAAUUCGACUCACCCCUCGUUUUUGAUUCUUCGCCGAUCCGGCAUAGCCGCACGUCGUCUGUGGGCGAAAUCCGACUGGCAAAGCCGGGCAACAAAACCGAAGAAGGAGGGUCCGCCCGAUGGGAGAAGGUAUUGCAUCACCAGUUCGACUUGAUCGUGCGAGGCGUUAUCAAAUAUCAACUUCCUCUUAGCUCAAAGACCAGGUCGGCGAAGGUUGGCAGCCGAAUCAAAGUCUUGCCCAACGAUGAUAGCGGUGAUGAGCCUGAUGACAGCCCUCAGCCUACGGGAGCAUAG